CUUGAAGACCCAGAUAAAAGGUGGAAUGGAGAACUGCUCCCUCAAAGAUGUGUGUUCCGCCCUCUGUGGGAUGUAGUGGUUGUGAUUUUGACUCUGACUGCGGAUGGGAGAGUCCUCGUACUGUCAACGGAGAGGAUGGCUUCAAAAUCGUGGUGGCCAGCCACCAUAAGCACGGACCACACUUGGAUCACACGAAAAACACGCGUCGAGGUCGUUAUGCAGUUGCUGAUGCUAAUGUGACAGGGGCGGUGUUGAAGAGCCCCUGGUUUGAUCAGAGCGGCCCCUACUGCCAAGUCCAUUUCUUUAUGCAUGUGGUUGGGAAGCAGGCUUUAAUGAUAAGGAUACACACAGUUUCCAAUGGCACCAAGACUCUGAAAAAUGUCUCAGCUUUCUUGGAAAAUAGCUGGGAAGAACAAGUAGUGAAUAUCGGCCACAUCAGCGAGCCUUUCCGUCUUUACUUCAUAGCCCUGAGAGUGGAGGGAGAUGAUAGAGCACAUAUUGCAGUGGACACCAUUACCCUGCCCAACUGUCACCCAGAUGUUCCAGUACGUGACACAUGCCACCUGCACCAGUUUAUGUGUGAAAACCAGCGCUGUGUUGACGGAGCUCAGGUCUGCGACAUCAACACAGAUUGCAGUGGAGGAGCUGAUGAGCUGCAGGAUUGUGAUGCCCUGCCCAAAAAUGCACAUUGCACAUUUGAAGAUGGUUGGUGUGGUUGGAGGAAUGUGGAAAGAGGAGAUCAUUUUGAUUGGAGUAGAAACAGGGGGUCCACCCCUUCCUUCUCCACGGGGCCCCAGACAGAUAACACCUUGAAAAACAAGUCUGGCUACUAUUUAUACAUCGAGGCCAGUAAGCAGCAGCCACUUGACACCGCCAUCCUGGUCAGCAGCAGCUUCCCGCCCCCUCCUGCCAUUAACUUUAUACCAUCAUUACCAUAUUACCAGUCUUUUAAGUUGAGGUUCUUCUACCACAUGUAUGGACGUAACAUGGGGCGUCUGGAGUUAGAAAUGGUGGAGAAUCGUGGCAGAACCAGAAGAAACCUGUGGAAGGCCGAGGUUGGCAGGAGUAGUGCAGCCUGGCAAUAUGUCGCCAUCCCCUUACUUAACGUGACUUCAAACUACACUUUAGAAUUUGUUGCCACCCGUGGCCUGCGUUUCCGUGGUGACAUAGCUAUUGAUGACAUCUCACUGUCACCAGAAUGCUUUGGUCUGGGUAUUUUGAAAAAUGUUAACCAAGCUGCAUUUAAAUCAACACCAAGACCAGAAAGUGACACUGAAAUCAUUGCUUCUUUUGGAAAUCUGUCGGUGCUUGUGUCCAAGGAAAUCUCUCAUAUUAUCACUUAUGCCAAUGAGAAAGUAAAGGAAACAACCUAUAGGUUUACACCCUGUGGAUCAAAGGGUGCCCAUGGCCCAAAUGGAGACCAGUGUUAUACUGAGUAUAGGAACACAGACAUGAGGGUCACAGUGGAGGAGGGGGGACAGUUCACAGGGGCACAAGUUUGGACAGUUCCUAUCUCAGGAAUAUACACGUUGUCUGCGUCAGGUGCUAGUGGGGGGUAUGGAGUCAGGAGCCACACCCCGGGGCAUGGGGCCACGGCGGCUGCCAAGUUCUAUCUAAAGAAAGGACAGAAGAUUUACAUGGUGGUUGGACAACAAGGCGAGAGUGCCUGUGGAAGUGUGAAGGUAAGUGCAUUUUCCUGCAAUUUGUAA